ACCCUAACUGUCUGAUCACAGAGACAGACCUGAAUUUCUACGGAAAUUUCGAACAAGAAUUUCGAAAAAGUUUCGUAGAAUCAUCCGAAACAAUGGAGAGUUACAAUGCUUGCAGCGUCAAAGCCGACACAGGGAAGGCUCCAACUAGGUUACAACAGCGUGCGCCAGCGUCUCUUCACCUUGAUCAAAUUGCAAGCACUGCCUCGACCAACCCUUUAUCAAACGAUGACGCCACAAUGACGAUCCCAUUACUGUCUCCGGUACUCAUUCCAUCCCCGCAUCCAGUGGCAGUGGCGAUGGAAAAAGCCGGUGAUCAAAACGUGAGAAGUAGUAUUGCACCGCCUUUUCCUGCUGCAGGCGGGUGGCAACACCCGGCUAUGGCUCCUUUUGUGGAUCCCUCAACGUUGUUUGCCAUGUUUCAAACCCAGUGCAUGAUCGCGAACCAAGCGCGGUACUGACAUUUAAAGAAUUCGACCUGUAUGCAUUGAGUUUUCGGACGAAAAUUAAUGGAUAGGGCCUGUGUUUUGAUAGGGCUUUGCCUGCCUGCUGCAUUGUGUAGAACAGAGUACAAAUCAUUCUCAAACAUUAACCUGCAUUUCUCCACGGUUUCUGAUUAUAUUUGACUUCAUGAUUCCGUUUUGUUUUUCGUUUUUCUCCUACCUCACACUUUGUCUUCAAAAAAUUUCAAGUUACUCUAUCAAAACCACCCAAAAAAUGGAAAAUGAAAGCAUAGAAACCACAACGUUGCUGCUUCAGAACCUCGGGUGUUUGAUCGGGCGAAAUAACACAUCAUCUGUUAACCUGAAGCAAAUAAAAAAAAAAAAUCCGAAAGAAAACAAGUUCCUACGGAUGCAAGCUUGAACAACACUAUGAAUGCAGAAAUAAACGCUUGAGCUACAAGCCCCUUGCUCAGUCUAAACUCGUUGUCUAAAAAAAAAUCAUUGCAAUAAGUCUACAUUUCCAGACUCGAAGCUCCAAAACAUAAAUGAAUCACGUCGCAUUUCAAACCAAAAAAUGGCGUUAGAAACGCAGAGUUACCAACUGCAAGUAAGUCUUAAACAUAAAAAUUACAGGGGGCAGAGUACUUCCCGAAGAUA